AUGGCAUUGCCGCCGCGCCUGAAGAGGAAGCAGCAGCCCAGCCAACCCUACGGCCAAGGAGGCGUCGUCUUUGGCCUCUCUACGCCGGAGCCUGCGCCGCGCGAUGGCCGGAAGAGAAGGAAGGAUAAGCAUACAUGGAUCAAACAUACGCUCACGCCGUAUUUUGAUGGCCACUUAUGGAGAAAGUACGGCCAGAAGGUCAUCAAGGACGCUCCCUAUCCUAGGCUAUAUUUCAGAUGUUCUUACCGCGAAGAUAGGCACUGCCAGGCCUCCAAGCUGGUGCAGCAGGUGACCCACGACGACCCGCCAGUAUUCGAGGUGACCUACAUGUACGAGCACACCUGCAACGCGGCACCCGUCCCAACCCCCGGUGUCGAGUCCGAGGACGAGCCGCCAGCAUGCGGCGGCGGGCUGGUGCUCAGCUUUGGUGCCUCCAGCAGAAGCGCCGGCGGCCACCAUCACCGUGACACGCGGAUACAGCUGCAAGAAGAGCGGCAGCAAUACCAUCAAUCUCCGAGCCCGUUCUUGACGAUGAACCUUCAUUUUUCGAACAGCAGCCAGCAGCAUGCCUUCCCUUCGAGCGUCCUGCGGCCGCCCACAACGUCGUGGUCCUCAUCGUCGUUUCCGAUCAUCGAAUCGUCUUCGUCGCCGACGCCACCAUGGGUAGACGACGACGAUGACAUCUUGACAUGGGACUGGGACACGUCCACAUAUGAUUUAGACGACCAUUUGCAGCUCGGCGAUAAUGUGCAAUUUUCUGGGAGUUCGUUUUCACGGAAGCCUGAUGGAAGUGCACUUGCUAACCUGGGCAUGGGAAUUGAAGUGGAGGGUGUAACUUUCUAAUUGGAAAUAACUAAGGGGCAUUUCUGGAGCGGCAGAAGGUGGUGCUCUUCGUUUUUC